AUGGUUUUUCGUGUCGAAUUUGCAAAAUCUUGGCGAAGGAAGAAGGGAUGUUUACGGUUUUUAGUUUGGGUAAUUUUGAUAUCUGUGGUAACGAAAGGGACUCGUGUCCCACUCGGUUGCGUGGUGAAUCAGACAGGGGAAGUACGCUACGAUUAUAAGUCGUCUGUUGUUGCAAAUGGUAGGUGAUUGAUGGUUGCUUCUUUAUUUAUAUUUAUAUUUAUAUAUCAAGCAAUGUAUCAACUAGUACUUUUAUACCUUGCUUCAGUUUAUACUUUUGCAAUCAGCUUGGUAGCAAUUGCUGACUUUGACAAUUUUUGCUUACGUGUACUUUCAUUAUAGCUUAUUUAAUAUUUGAAAAUCUCUGACCAAAUUUUUUGGUGAUGAAUUGUUAGUUUUGGAACUUUGAGCAUUUUAUAAAUAGACAAUUUCAUGGUUCGUUGAUGGUCUAGGGAAACAGACAAAAAACAUUCUGUUCUCACAGAACUAACAUUUCCACUCUGUCUUUAACUCUCACUGCUACAAAUUACAAUAACAACAGUAGACUCAACAGUCAACAGCUAAACAAUUCAUAGUCCUCAAUGAGAAAAGGCCGGUGGUAAACUAAUAGUAUACAAAAGCUAUCAGGAGCCCGUCAAAGGUGGAAACUCGUCAAGGGGAGAGCACUGGUGCUUAAUGGGUUAAUAUCGGCAAUUGGUUACAAGGCAAUUGGUUGCAUUGCGGUACAAUAGGUUAAUUAUUAAAAAUUCUGAUCAUAUUUAAAUAUUUGAUGUUUUUCUAGAAUACAUUGUACUGUUUGAAGGUUAUUAUCCAGAACCUAAACGAGAUGUCUUUGUUAGUGAAGCAUUGAGUGGCAGCCAUGUUCCAUCAUGGGAAGUUAUUCCCAGAAAUAAUCCAGCUCGUCAGUUUCCCAGUGACUUCUCGUUAAUUCGG